CUAGAUGGCGCCCGCGGUGCGACCCCGUCCAAUGGGGAGAGGAGGGAGGGGCUCGGAGUCGCCAUCGAUGUGUCGGAGCCAAAACAAAGCAGCGAAAGACAACACGAAAGUCCUCCAAGUGACACACGGAAACGGACAGACGCGGCGAUGGGGAAGUUUCACUCUCAACCGUCCAACCCCAAAGACGAGAGCCAGGACUCCUUGACGGCCUCCGGGGAGUACAGCGAGUACGGAGACAGCGAGGGGGACGAAAAGAACAGAGACGUGUCCCAGUUCCCCUACGUGGAGUUCACCGGGCGGGACAGCGUCACCUGCCCGACGUGUCAGGGCACCGGCAGGAUCCCACGAGGCCAGGAGAACCAGCUGGUGGCUCUGAUUCCGUACAGCGACCAGAGGCUCAGGCCCAGCCGCACAAAGCUGUAUGUCACCAUAUCCGUGUCCCUCUGCCUGCUGCUGUCGGGCCUGGCGGUGUUCUUCCUGUUCCCCCGCUCCAUUGAUGUCUCCUAUGUGGGAGUGAAGUCUGCCUUCGUCUCCUAUGACAGUGACAAGCGAAUCGUCUAUCUCAACAUCACGAGCACUCUGAACAUCACCAACAACAACUACUACACCGUAUCUGUGACCAAUAUCACGGCCCAAGUGCAGUUCUCGAAGACGGUGAUAGGCAAAGCCAAGCUCAACAACAGCUCUGUGAUCAGCCCGCUGGACGAGCGGCAGAUUGACUACACUGUUCCCACCACCAUCGCUGAUGAGAUGAGUUACAUGUUUGACUACUGCACCUUGCCGAGCAUUAAGGUUCACAACAUAGUGGUCAUGAUGCAGGUGACGGUGACCACGUCGUACUUUGGCCACACCGAGCAGGUCUCCCAGGAGAUGUACCAGUACGUGGACUGUGGGGGGAACACCACCUCCUUGCACGGCGGCGUGCAGGUUUACCAAUGAAAGGAAGGCGAAAGCCGCGUAGCCACCGCGGCCAUGAAGGUUCUCACAGAGAACACAGGGCUCACUUCCAGGGAGCAAACCGUUGCUCGGUAACAACAGAACGGUGGGAGGGACAUGGCUUCUCGUAAAACUAGUCAGUGGCUCAUUCAUUCCUAAACGUCUCCCCGCAGAAGUAAAAUGUGAUGAGUUUUUUUUUUUUUUUUUUUUUUUUUUUAUUUUAAAGGUUGGUAACCCACCAAACGGACCGGUCAAAGCAGAUAGAAUUCAACAAGAUUUGCCCUGGACCAUUAUGUUAAUUUCUCCAACCUGGUACCAAAAAACAGACAUUGAUAUUUUAGUAUUUAGUAAACCCAUUGCGUUCACAUUGUCAUUUAUAGCCGAUAAAUUGCUGAAAGCAGUAGCUUCAGAUAUGAUGCACUUUAACAUGAUCGAUAAACUCAAAUGUAGAUUUUGCACCACUGUGAUUUGCCACUUAAAAAAAAAAAACAACAGCUUAAGUUCAAAAGGCCCCUGACCAGCUCUUUCCUUUUAUUUUGUUUCUCUUGAUAGUAGUGCAAUAUAGUUGAGGUUUAUGACAUUUGGUUUUUGGCUUCUUUGUUUUUAUUUUGAAUAUUGGUAAUAUUAUAUUAUUUGAAUUAGCUGUUAUUAUUAGCAAAUGUGACUACUAUGAAGACUGCAGUGUGUUACCAGGAGGUUGCAAAAUAUAUUUUCAAAAAAGGGGAUGACCUUUUCUUUUUUCAUAGCAACUGUGUGAGCAUUAGAGUUGUCUUUAAGAUAUAGAGGUGUAAAUAUCAAAUGUAUACUUUCUGGCUUGCUUGCAAACAGCCUUUUAAUUUAGUUAAUUUGAUUUCAGCGUCUUUCAGCCAAACGUGCUAUUAGAACUUUAAUCAUGAGUUGACUUGUGCUUUCAGGUUUUUUAAAAUAACUAAAACUACAUUUUGGGACCUACUUUUGUUUGACAGUAAGAUGCCCAAAACACUCCUAUACAGGUUAUUUCAGAGAUUGCACGAGUAAAAUAUAACGUCAUAUAACGAGCAUUUCUUUCUAGAGCGUUCACUUUCUAUAGUCAUGGAAUCCUCCGAGAGGUUUGAUUGUACAUUGGAGCCAUGAGAUGGCAGUACCGGUCAUCAUUUUACCACAAGCAGGGCCUUAUGCAAGGCAGAGGAGCUCCUCCUCGAACUCUCCCAUCAUUUUGCUUCCAGACAAAGUUAUACGGAUCCAUCGAAUCAUGCAUAUAAAAUAAACGGCUGGAUUUGAAUCAAAUCAAAAAUACAUUUCAUGCUGAACAUACAGGACAGGCCGCAGAAGUAACUACUAUAUGUAAUAAACAGGCAUAACGUUGUGACUUCUAAUACCGUCUUGGUUCUAUGUAUUUCAUGCAUGAGGCUGGAAAUAAAAACAUUUUGCAUUUUGAAAA